UUACUGAACUACCAGCGGUGGCGGAGGGACAGUCCUGACAUCAGCACCUGUCUGUCUCCCUCCUCGGUGCUCGGUCUCCUCAACACAACGUACCACGCCGUCCUCCCACAGCGGGACCACACUGGUAGCAGGGUGCUCAUCUACAGGAUCGGAGAGUGGAACCCCAAAGACUGGUCAGCCUUCCAGGUGUUCAGGGUCAGCCUGAUGACAUCAGAGAUCAUCUCCACGGAGACAAAGACGCAGAGGCGGGGUCUGAAGGUCAUUUUUGACCUGCAGGGGUGGAGUUUAGGCCACGCCCUGCAGAUUAACCCCUCCCUCGCCAGAAAGAUAUCCUCUGUACUUUCGGACUCUUUCCCACUGAAAGUUCGAGGAAUCCAUCUGGUUAACGAACCAAUGCUCUUUCGGCCAGUCUUCACCAUGAUUCGUCCCUUUCUGCCAGAGAAGAUCAAACAGAGGAUCCAUAUGCACGGCGCUGAUUUCCAAGACACUUUGAGCGACUACUUCUCCUCGCAUGUCCUGCCUCCAGAAUAUGGAGGGGAGGGGCCUGGGAUAGAGGAGGCGUGCCAGGACUGGACCAAUCAGCUGCUUCAGUCAGAGCAGUUCCUGCAGCAGAUUGCCUCCCAUCCAACAGGUGACAUCGCCAUUACUUCCGAGGACUCCUUGAUCUCAGAGGAGGUGCAGACUGAGCAGCUCUCAGAGGGUUGAUGUUUGGAAGCUGGAUCAUACAUACACUCUUUUACUUUGGAUCCAAACAGCCUGGCACGCACGCACGCACGCGCACACACACACACACACACACACACACACACACACACAC